UGACAAAACUGAGAAAGAGAGGAGGGGUUGAGACAGCAAGGUCGAGUCUUUAUCAAAUUCGUCUCGUUAUGCCGUGAAACCCGGACUACAGAAUUGUAUGAAUAUUGUGACACUCAAGGUCUAAUAGUCUAGUCACGUCGAGGGGGCAGGUUUUGCAGAAACUGGGAAAAAUGCCAAAAAAUUUAAAGGUAAGCAGUGAAAAAUUACCACCCCACCCCCUAUAACCAUGAUGAUGAUAGUUGCAAAGACCUAGGCUAUUGUACGCCGGGAAGAGUUUGCCCUUUACUGCACUCUCCUCUCUCUCUCCCCUGCUUUCUUCUCUCCUCUUUUAUUUACACUGAGAAAGGUGUAAUCUCUUUUUUUUUUUUUUAAUUUAAAUGAAUUGUAUUGUAUGAGAACUAAAAUAAAAUAAAAUAAAAUAAAAUAAAAUUGGAAGUGUAGCCUGAUAAGCUUAUAAUUGUGUGUGUGUCUUUGUUAUGUGUAGCCAUUUUAGUUCAGACAUAACUACGUCAGGCACACAACUUUUGGGAAGAAAAAGAAGCCACUUGGUUUCAACAUAUUUCUUGGUUUUAUUUUUCUCUCGCGUGAAUCUUGUUUGUUUCUUCUUGCAACUAAUUUUACUUUGCCAGAUCUCUAUUGUAAGGGGUAAAGGGUCUCUCUUUCCCUCUCUCUCUCUCUCUUUCCCUCUCUCUCCCUUGUUCUUGUAGUAAAGAUCGGAUUUUUUUUGGACUGAAAUCAAGAAAUGGGCUGUGGAGAAAACAGGGUUUCUUGAAUACUAGGAUAAAUAUGAGGACUUUGAGGUCAUGGGCAGAAUGUGUGUGGGGAGAUGAAGGAAAGGCAGCGGUGGCGAGGUGAAGAGGAUGCUCUGCUGCGUGCGUACGUGAAGCAAUACGGGCCGAGAGAGUGGCACCUCGUCUCGGAGCGCAUGAACCAGCCCCUCAACCGGGACGCGAAAUCCUGUCUCGAGAGGUGGAAGAACUAUCUCAAGCCGGGCAUCAAGAAAGGCUCCCUCACCCAAGAGGAGCAGUCUCUCGUCAUCCAUCUUCAGGCGAAGCACGGCAACAAAUGGAAGAAGAUCGCGGCUGAGGUCCCCGGCCGCACUGCCAAGCGUUUAGGGAAGUGGUGGGAGGUCUUCAAGGACAAGCAGCAACGCGAGCACAAGGACAACAACAAGGAGGCCCUCGACCCCAUACACGACUCCAAAUACGACCACCUCUUGGAGACUUUUGCGGAGAAGCUCGUGAAUCCCAUCACAAUGCCGCCAACUACCAAUGGUGGUGGCGCAUUCCUCCAACACACUGAUCCGUCCCCUGCCCCCUCGUCGCUCCCUCCGUGGCUGGCUAGUUCCAGUGCUUCAUCUCCAUCAGUCACGCUAACCCUCUCACCCCCGCCACCAUCAUCAAUCCCGUGGCUGCAGACGUCUGAUAACAACGGGCUACUCCCCCCCUUCGGGGGGAUUGGUGCCCUAGCCGGAGACAGCAACGUGCUCGUUCCCGACCUCAUUGAAUGCUGUCGUGAGCUUGAGGAAGGCCACAGGGCCUGGUCUGCACACAGAAAAGAGACUGCUUGGAGGCUCAAGAGGGUGGAGCUGCAGCUCGAAGCGGAGAAGGCUAGUCGGAAGAGGGAGAAGAUCGAAGACAUCGAAGCUAAAGUGAAGGCGCUAAGAGAAGAACAAAAGGCUACAAUAGAGCGCAUUGAGGCCGAGUACAGAGAACAGCUAGCGGGUUUGAGACGGGAGGCGGAGAUGAAGGAGCAGAAACUGGCUGAGCAGUGGGCUGCCAAGCACCACCGCCUCACCAAGUUCGUCGAGCAAAUCGGCUGCCGCUCUGUUGCUUCCUCCGACGCCCCCAACGCAAGAUGAAGGUGUGCUUGAAUACAAUAUAUACUAGGAAACAUUUCUCGGAAGAAUUCAAUAAUUUUGUUUAUUCAUGUCAAUAAACUCACAACUGCAUAGAGAUUUGGAGUGCUUUUGUUGAGGUAUUAUUAUGUUGAGUACAACAUUAAUUGUUGGGAAA